AUGUUCAAUCGGAAGGAUCUACCCAGCAUUCAAAACCCCUUCGCAUCCCGACAGGAACCGCAACGUCCGUCGCCACAGGGCUACGCGAACCCCAAUCAAGGGCCUCCACGGUAUGAUUACGGCCACGUCCUUACGUCCGCGGGACAUAUUCCUGACGGCGAUGUGCCCAUGACUGACGCAAUCUUUCCUUCAAGCGGAUACGGAGCUCCCUCACCACAGAACAUGGGCAGAUCGCAGCAACAGAUGCCUGGGCGCAUGCCGUCUACAGGCGGACCUACUUGGACUCUUCAACCUACAAAGAGUCCCAACGAGAACUACAUCUUUGGUAACCUUGUCGCUGUUUCACCCCAGGACAUUCCUCCGAGUCGUGAUGGCACCGAUGUGCUUCUCCUCGUCAAUGACGUCUUCGUAUUCUCUGCCCGCCCUGUGGAAGGCUUCCCGCCUGGAUUAAUGGGCCUGUCGGACCCUCAGCGAACAUGGGCAAAUAUCGGAAUGAGGGAUGCUAUCAAAGUCCAGCUUUACGAUCCAUUCAGCCAAGGCGGCCAGGCUUAUUUGGGAUCUGCGGACAUUGAAGUCAGCUUCGCGUCGAUAAAGAAGCGAGUAGAGGCACCAUAUGACCAGGAUGAGUUGGCCAAUGCUGUCAUUAGAAAUUUCGAAAACCAACUUUUUGCUCCGGGUCAACGGGUUUUGAUGGACCACAAGAGCAUCCCUCUUCUGUUGCAGGUCAAGACUGUUCAACGGGUCGACCUGACAUCGGAGAAGAGUGAUGCCAAUGCUGGAGAGGUUGAGACAAACCCUACAGCCCGAGGAAUCAUCACACGGCAUACUCAGCUCAACUUUUUCAAGGAUUCUGCAACGGGUAUCAAUGUUAAGGCUUCCAACCGACGCCCUGCUGCCAAUUCGAUUAUUCAGCCCGGGUUCAAGUUUGAGGAUAUGGGAAUCGGCGGUCUGGACUCCGAGUUCAGCACCAUUUUCCGUCGUGCUUUUGCGUCUCGUAUCUUCCCCCCCCGGGCUGGUACCGGUAAGACUUUGAUCGCGCGACAGAUCGGAAAAAUGCUUAAUGCUCGGGAGCCGAAGAUCAUCAACGGACCCGAAGUCCUGAAUAAAUAUGUGGGUCAGUCUGAGGAAAAUAUUCGAAAGAUGUUUGCGGAUGCCGAGAAGGAAUACAAAGAGAAGGGCGACGAAAGUGGCCUUCACAUCAUCAUUUUCGAUGAGCUGGAUGCUGUUUGCAAGCAACGUGGUAGCGGCUCCGGUGGUGGCACUGGUGUCGGUGAUAGCGUUGUCAACCAGCUGUUGUCAAAGCUGGACGGUGUUGACCAGCUUAAUAACAUCCUGUUGAUUGGCAUGACCAACCGAAUGGAUAUGAUUGAUGAGGCCUUGCUACGUCCUGGUCGUUUGGAAGUCCACAUUGAGAUCUCUCUUCCCGACGAGGCCGGUCGCCGCCAGAUUCUCAAAAUUCACACUGAGAAGAUGCGCAAGAACAACGUCCUGGACUCAGACUUCGAUCUGCCUGAGCUUGCAACCGUGACCAAGAACUUUUCCGGUGCCGAAAUCGCCGGUUUGGUCAAGUCGGCCUCAUCGUUUGCUUUCUCUCGCCAUGUCAAAGUUGGCACAAUGGCCAGCAUUAAUGACGAUGUCAUCAAUAUGAAGGUCAAUCAAUCCGAUUUCCACCAUGCUCUCGACGAAGUGAAGCCUGCUUUUGGUGUCUCGGAAGAAGAACUCUCCAGCCGCAUCCAGUAUGGUGUUAUCCACUACUCUGAGACAAUAAACGAAAUCUUGCGGGAGGGCGAGCUAUUCGUCAAGCAGGUUGGCCAGGCAGAGGCUACCCCCUUGUUCUCUGUCUUGCUCCAUGGUCCCCCUGGUAGUGGCAAGACGGCUCUUGCUGCACGCAUCGCUAUCGACUCCGGCUUCCCCUUCAUCAAGCUGAUCAGCCCAGAGGACAUGGUCGGCUUCAGCGAGCCAGCUAAGAUCCAGCAUAUUAGCCGAAUCUUUGACAGCGCCUACAAGUCCAACACUAGUAUUGUUGUCAUCGAUAACAUUGAGCGCAUCAUCGAUUGGGUGCCCAUCGGCCCCCGCUUCAGCAACAGCGUCCUGCAGGCCCUUAUGGUCUUCCUCCGGAAGCAGCCUACACAUGGACGUCGUCUGUUGGUCCUGGCUACAACCACUGAGCGUGCUUUGAUGAAGCAGCUUGACGUGUACAACUCCUUCAACUCUGACAUUAUGGUCCCGAACGUGCAGUCCUUCGGCGAGCUGCGCUAUGUCAUGGAGCAGUCUGGUGCCUUUGAUGCACAGGAAAUUGCUCGUGCUUUGGAGAGUGUUGGCGGUCUGGCUGAUGAUGGCCGUGUCAGUGUGGGCAUUAAGAAGGUGCUCCUAGGUAUUGAAACUGCUAAGCAGGAUGCUGAUAAGGUCGGUCGGUUUGUGCGUGUCAUUAACCGGGCCAUUGAGGAGCAGUCGUUCGCUUAG